AUGUGGUUUUUAAGAGAUUUGCAGUGUUUCGUGUAUUUUACACGUGGAAAUAAUUCAGCCAAAUUUCGACGACUUUAUGCAGUCGGUGGAUGCAUGGUUUUAAUGUGGCUCUCCACACAUGGUUUUCUGCUGUAUCGUCGGCAACGAGAACACCGUUACCUCACCAAAAAAAUCCCUACUAUCUCAUGGGAAGAUUUUGUUGAGGAUUAUCUGAUGCGUGGGCUGGUAAAUUUGCUUUUGCGGUCUCUAAUUUGCUUUAUUCGCUCAUCUUUAGAACAGCUGAUUAUAGUCGCAUGUGGUAGACGACUGCACCAUCCCACAUCAAAAAUCGAUGCGAACGUACGGGAUCAGGUCGCGUAUGACCUCCGGGCACUCGUCCCUGCUAUUCAUUGUAGGGUUUUGGCAUUGAUCCAAAAAGCCCCUAGGAGUUUUCGCGCUGGUGUUUUGGACUCCUGUGCAAGGAUAUUGACUUUUACUUCAAAAUCGUCUCCGCUAUGCUUUUGUAUCCUAUGCGUGCCUAGUGGGGUGCUUCGUCUUAGUUUUCGUUUGCCAUCUAGGUGUUCUUUUAUACGGAUACACAAAGGUCUGCCCGUUUCGCCAAUAUAUUCAUCUCCGCAAUUGUUACACGAGAUCAGGUAUGUCGUACCUGAACUCAUGCAAUCACCGUCCCUGCCGUAA